AUGGCGGCGGCGACGCGCCCGUCUUAUUGUGAAAGGCUCCGCCGGCACUCCGGCUUUUUCACUCACGCUGGAUUAACACUGCUGCGAGAGCGAGCAGCAGGCGGAGAGGAACGGCAUCUAAAAAACCCACUUGGAAAAACUACUUAUCGAACUUCGGGCCGGUUUUGUCUCUUUCACUCGCUGUCGCCGGAGAAAAUCCCCACUCAACUGACUUCCCCCAGCCUCAGCCUUGAGGGGGCCACCAGCAUGAGCCAGGACACGCUUGAGUCUGAUGGAGACUGUGCUCAGGAUGUGGCUGACUUCAGCUGGGAUGAUUACCUGGAGGAGACUGAAGCCGUGGCCGUGCCUCAUCACGCCUUCAAACAUGUGGACCAGGGACUCCAGACAGGACUGACCCCGGGCAUGAAGCUGGAGGUGUGUGUCCGCUCAGAGGCAGACGGGCCCUACUGGGUGGCCGCCAUCAUCACCACCUGCGGCCAGCUGCUGCUGCUGCGCUACGAAGGCUACCAGGACGACCGGCGCGCCGACUUCUGGUGCGACAUCAUGACGGCGGACCUCCACCCGUUGGGCUGGAGCCGGCAGCACGGCAAGACCAUGAGGCCUCCCGAGGGUGUGCGUGAGAAACAUCCAGAGUGGGAGGCUCUGUUGGAGAAGGCCUUGGCUGAGGAGUGCAGUGUGCCUGCCAGUCUGCUGGAAAUGCCCCAGCGCGGCAGAGACCCGGUGGAGCUCCUGACGGCGGGCUGCUACGUGGAGCUGCAGGACAGCGUGGAGCCGGGGCUGGCCUGGGCUGCGGAGGUGGAGGAGAACGUCGGAGGGAGGCUGAAGCUGCGCCUGUUGGGCACCGAGGGCCUCCCGGACACGCCCGCGACCCUCUGGCUCUUUUAUCUCCACCCGCGCCUACACCCACCUGGCUGGGCCAAAGAGCGGGGCUGCACCUUGAGGCCUCCGUCAGAACUGCUGGCGCUGCGGACUGAGGAGGAGUGGGAGGAGGUGAGACAAAGGAUUAGCGACCUUCCUCAGGAUGAAGCUCUGACAGCGGAGUUUGCUAAGGAUCAGCCUGCUAUCGCCGAUCAUUGUUUUAAAGAAGGGAUGAAACUGGAAGCCUUUGACCCUGCUGCACCCAUUUCCAUCAGGCCUGCAACUGUCACCAAGGUGUUUGAUGAGAAAUCCUUCCUGGUGACGAUGGAUGACCUUUGUGGAAUGGAGGAGUCAGAAGGUGCAGGGCGAGCCUUCCUCUGUCACAGAGACAGUCCAGGGAUCUUCCCAGCACAGUGGAGUCUUAAGAACGGGCUCCCCCUCAGCCCCCCACCAGGUUUUCAGGGUUCCGACUUCGACUGGGCCGACUACCUGAAACAGUGCGAAGCCGAGGCCGCUCCCCAGCAUUGCUUCUCUACUGAACAGUGUGAACACAGCUUCAAAGAGGCCAUGAAACUCGAGGCUGUCAACCCACUGUCACCUGAGAACAUCCACGUGGCGACGGUCAUGAGGGUUAAAGGUCAAUACAUUUGGCUCAGCCUGGAAGGCCUGAAGCAGCCGAUGCCAGAGCUGAUCGUUCACGUGGAUUCGCUCGACAUUUUCCCCGUCAGCUGGUGUGAGACGAACGGCUACCCGCUGGUUUACCCCAUCAAGCCUUCAGUAGAGAAAGAAAGAAAAAUUGCUGUGGUGCAGCCGGAGAAACACAGGACCCCCCCUAAGUCUUCAUCACCCGACGCCGUCAAGCAGCAGCUCGCCAGCCAGUCAGAGACGGGCGGACAGGGGAACGGUAAAUACUGCUGUCCAAAGAUCUACUUCAACCAUCGCUGCUUCUCAGGGCCGUACCUUAACAAAGGUCGCAUCUCUGAGCUGCCUCAGUUCAUCGGUCCUGGGAACUGUGUCCUCGUCCUUAAAGAGGUAUUGACUCUGCUGAUAAACUCUGCCUACAAGCCGAGCCGCGUGCUGAGGGAGCUGCAGCUGGAUCAGGAGAGCCGCUGGCAAGGCCACGGAGAGACACUCAAAGCCAAGUACAAAGGAAAAAGUUACCGGGCCACUGUUGAAAUUGUUCGCACCGCGGAUCGGGUGGCAGACUUCUGCAGGAAGACCUGCGUUAAACUGGAGUGUUGCCCCAACCUGUUUGGACCUCGCAUGGUACUGGAGCAGUGCUCGGAGAACUGCUCUGUCCUCACCAAGACAAAAUACACCUAUUACUGCGGAAAGAAGAAGAGUAAACGUGUCGGCCGUCCUCCCGGGACUCACACCAGCCUGGACGCUGGAGUAAAAAGGAAAGGCAGGAGGAGGAAGAGGCGGAAGCAGCUCUUUGUCCACAAGAAGAGACGCUCCUCGGCCUCAGUGGACAACACGCCCGCUGGCUCCCCACAGGGCAGUGGAGAGGAAGAAGACUUGGAUGAAGAUGACUCCCUGAGUGAAGACACUGGCUCUGAGAUGCAGGAUGACCUCCAAGAUGACUCUGAACAGUCCGUUGGCAAAUCUCAGCCCGCCACGCCGUCCCCCUCCCCGCCGCCCACACCCAGGCCCUCCCGGAGGCGGCGGAAACCCCGCUCACCUUCCUUCUCUGAUGAUGAGAACCAUCCUCCUUCACCCAAGACAUCAAAGGUUGAACCUCCUCAGAAGCUGUGUUUGGACACGAGCCCACUGGAGUGGAGCGUUUCUGAUGUGGUCCGCUUCAUCAGGACCACUGACUGUGCACCUCUUGCAAGGAUUUUCUUAGAUCAGGAGAUCGACGGACAGGCCCUUCUGCUGCUGAACCUUCCGACCGUGCAGGAGUGCAUGGACCUGAAGCUGGGGCCGGCCAUAAAGCUGUGCCACCACAUCGAGAGGGUCAAACUGGCAUUUUAUCAACAGUUUGCUACGUAGUCGACGGGGGGAAGUUAACGGGACACGGCUGCUUCCUGUUCUAAAAUUUAAUCCUGUAAAAAUGUGGAAGUUCUAUUUAAUUUUUUUUUUUUCAUUUUGCCUCUUUUUUUUUUUUUUACACUGGACAUCUUUUGGCUUUUUGUGUACAUGACAUCCUUUCAGAUGAGCUUGGCUCUAAGAAGUCAUGAAGCAACGAUUUCUCAUCCACGGGGACACAAAGAGCUAAGAGGACAAAACGACACAUUUCACACGCUCAAGAAGAGAAUACGAGGCGCAUUAAUGGCACAAAGACGUUUCAAAUCGGAUGAGCGUAAAGUCCAACAAAACAAACGUUUUUUUUUUAUGUAAAAUUAAACAAAUCUCAACAACCUGCUGUCAAACUCAAACCAGCUGUUUUAUUUUAUUUUUAACUUUACCUUUUGCCCUCUCAGUAUUUCAGUUCAAUUUUUUUUUGAUUUUUUUGGCUUCAAGUGACUUCUUUGAUAAAAAAAGAAAAAUGUUCAAUAUUCUUUGUGCAUAUAACAGGCUUGGGUGUAAUCAAAAUUUUUUUUUUUUAAAAGUUUCUUUCCGAAAACAUCUUAAAAUAUGUGUUGCACUGAAGGAAAGGAAUGCAUUGAAAUCUUUGUGAUGUAAUGAAUUGAUGCAACACUUGCAAAGUCCAGGUAUAACUUUCUCAGAAAUUAGGCCCAACGCUGUUUAAAGUAACAGCCAGACACAACAUUUAAUAUGAAAGUAAUGAUUUGUUUUUGUUUUUUUAUGAUGAAUUAUGAAAUUAUGUUUUGUUCCUGCAAAGACCAAAAUUGUCAGUUUGCUCCGAGGAUUCUGCAUUGCAAGCACAAGUAAAAAAAAAAAAAGGCACUGAACGGCGAUAUACCCAAGUGCAUGUUUGUACAUAGUGUACAUAAGCAAAUCUUUUAGUAAACAGGGUGAUUUUGACUAAAGAGAUCUGCAUAAGCAAUGUGUAAAUGUCUAAAUUAUACAGAAUAUUUGCACAGAACAGGCCCUAACCUGUAAGGGGGAGUAUCAUUUUGUUUUGGAAGUAGGUACAGCUUGCCAUAUCAGCAGGGUAGCUUUUAGCAAACAACUGGCAGCUCUAAAAAAAAAAAAACAAGAAAAGAAAAAGAUGAUCAUCAGCAAAUGCCUCUGUAAUUUGCCAUCAAGUAGUUUAAAUUUGUACAUGCUUCAUUUUGUGUAAGAGAACCCUUCAUUGUUUAAUUUGCUUGUAGGUUCCUCUGUUCUCAGAAAAACAGAACAAACGUAUGUGUCGUGUAAAAAUGAAAUACUGCAAUAAAGAUCGAUGAGCCCGGGUAGUCUGUGCUGGGUGUUGGCCAUUUCAGUG